GUGGCGUUCUACUUGUUUGAGAGGUGAACCAGUAUCACCUAGGUGCCAUCAGCGAUGGACGACGAAGUCAAUUGCCGGUUGAUCAAGAACAGGUUGGUAGAAAAAUAGAAGAGGAUUGUAAUGCCUUCGAGAGGUGGUUUCCAGGUUCAGUAUACCAGCAUAGGCACGCCGCCAGUGACAGCGAUCCCCUCGUGUGAGCGAUUCUGAUUCAGGUGGGCUUGAGAGUGUGUAAAGCAUGCGACUGUGAGACGAUUGAGGUCUUCAGAGUGACGAGGAGAACCGCGAGACGGCAAACAAAAGCAGUUCGGAACCAUGGUGGCGAGACCUCCGAGCGGACGGCCGACUUCCGCACCGGGGGCGAGGCGAAGUGGCGGCGGCGCGCGGGCCUCGUCCAGCAGCAAUGCUUACCUAGGCGCCGGGGGAGGUAAAAAGAUGAUGUCCUGUGUGGUCUAGGCGCCUAUCGUGUCUGCGGGUAUGAUUCAUCAGGAUUUGCAAAUACAACAGAGCUUAGUUGUAUCCCCACCAUCAAAGAAAAUAAAAGUCGCAAAUCUAUAUCACUACAACAUCAGACGGCGGCGCCGGCUCAUCUUCGGGUUGGAACGGCACUGGGAAAAGCAGUUUGGGUUUCAGCCACACAGCCACUUCAUCCGCCGCGGUACCCAAUCCCAACAAGAUCCAGCUAAGGGAGUCCAAAGUCCUUUCCGGGAGGGAGCGGCUGACGGACGUGGAAACUUUGGAGGAUCUGUAUUUCAACACGCGGAAAGACCUGCGCAAAUUGGAAACCAUCUGCGAAGCCCUGCAAACCGAAAUCCACGAGUUGGAGGCGGUGGAGUACCAUAUGCAUUGCAAAAGUAUCGUACAUUCUCGUGCACGUGCUAUUGCAGUCAUGCAUGAAUAAAAAGCUGCCUCCUGAGGUAAAGAUCAGCAUUUCAAAUCCCACUUUUCCUUCUGACCAAAAUUUAUUGCAGUGCAAUUUUCACUAGAACUAGUAAGUGCGAUCAUGAUACUUUUGCAAUGCAUAAGCCAGAAAGACAAGCAGCUUUACGACUUGCUGCUGACCGCAAAAACGAUCGGGCACUGGGAGAAGGACAUUCACAACGUGCGGAGCGACCUGGAACUCCUUUCCGAAGCCAAGAAAAAGACGUCAGAACUGCGGGAGCUAGUGGAGGAAAGAGAAUUGGCGAUAACCUCGAUCUAUCAAAAGUACUUAAAAAUGUCUGGGUUUGGAAGAAUCCGAACUUGUGAUGCUGCAUUUGGAUUCCAAAAAAAUCUGUGUUGCAUGAGUAAUAAAGGGAAUGCAAUUUUUGCUACGCUGAGAGGGCAUUUGUCAUGCGGAAUAGGCAUCAAGAAGCCCUCAAAAAAUCUUUAUUGCUAGGGUAUGCAUCACAGACAUCAUGGCCCAUGCAAAACGUGCAUGACAAGUGUCAGAAUCUUCCAGACCCAGACACUUUUGAUAUGCAUACGAUCACGAAGCAGUUGAAGCAGUCCCGCGCUGCGCAGCUGGAACAGGAGGUUAUCAAAUGCAAAAGUGUCUGGAUCUGGAAGAUUGCCAGAUUUGUCAUGCAUACUUUGUAUGACCCACGCUGCCUGUAAUGCAUGGCCUAGCAUCACAGAUUUUCAGAGGGCUUUCUGGUGCCUAUUCCGCAACAGAAAUGCCCUCUCAGCGUAGCACAAAGUGGACCCCUUUUGUUGGUCACCCAAUACAGAUUUUUUCAGAAUCCAAAGACAGCAUCACAAGUUGCAUUCUUCCAGACCCAGACACAUUUGCAACGCAUAGAGGUGGCAAAGAUGCAAGAACUCGUGAAAACGACCAAAGUGCAAUACGAGCAGUUCUUAUCAAACAAAAAAAGUUCGUCACGAUCACUCAUGCGCAUUUUUGCAAUACAAAAUUGUUUGUCAUGCGUAAAAAUGCAUCACAGCCAAACUUCAUAAGGGAUUUCCCUAGUGUUUCUGCAAUACAAGGAAAAUUUGUGAUGCUAAGAAAAUUUGUAAUGCAAAGCCUGCAAGUUAGUGACUGUGACAAACUUUUUUCUCUCCAUAGUUCUGCGACGAAACCGUGCUCGCGAAAACGAAGCAUAUCAACUGCAAAAAUGUCUGGGUCUGGAAGAUUUCCAGGUUUGUCAUGCAUAUUUUGAAUGACCCAUGAUGUCCGUGAUGCAUGCCCUAGCAUCACAGAUUUUUCAAGAACUUUGCGAUGCCUCUAUCGCAUGAGAAAUGCCGUCUCCGCGUAGCACAAACUGGAGUCCUCUUGCUGGUCGUGCAAUACAAAUCUUUUUAGAAUCCAGAGACAGCAUGACAAGUUUAGAUUCUUCCAGACCCAGACAUAUUUGCAAUCUAUAAAGCAGCUGCACACGCAGAUCCACAAGGUAUGGCAGGACACGCAUUUACUGCAGACGCAACUGACGGAACUGUUUCAAAAACAGAACCGGAUCCAGGAGUCGACGGAUCUGAAGCAAAUGCAGAUGAACGAAAACGAAACCCAGAUCGAGACGUUGCAGGGCAAAAUGAAAGAGAUCGAAGAGAAGGAGCAACUGGCAGAGCAAAGGCUGGACGAGCAGCUAAGCAACGUAGAGGAAGCCAUCGCGGAAGCAGAGAUGAGAACGAAGGAGAAGUACUGGUUUUUGCUUUGAUAGAUAAGUUCGAUUGAUUUCGAUUUGAAUAGCUCGUAAUUGAUGGUGUUCGAUAUGAAUAGCUCGUAAGUGAUUUUGUCGUGUGUGUGCUGAUGACCAUGAAGGUUCGUCAGAGAAGAAAAAAACCGAAACAGCUCCGACCAGCUGCAACAGCGGCGUCACAAGGAGCAGGUGGAGGUAAAAAAGCUCGAACACCCACCGCUCGGCGACCGAGAAAAUUUCUACGUGUCCAGCAAGAGCCUCGGGUCCAGCGCGUUUCGAAAUGCGCCGCCCGAACUGAAAAGCGCGCUGCUGGCCAUGAAACAUCUGCGCACCACCAUGCUGUCGCAGAGUAACCAGAGCGCGAUUUGUCCCGAGAGUGUAAUAGCGAAAGCGCUGGAAAAGUGCGUGCCGGCAAAACAGCUCAGUAUUCAGAUUUGGAAUUGUUGCUUUCGUUGUACUAGAAGAUGUAGGUGGGAUAGGUACGAAGUAAGUACUUACAUUCAAUUUGGGAAGUUGCAUGCAUGAUCCUAUCUAAAGAAGUUGCAGAACAAAGGCUAGACGCGUCUAGGUCUAGGAUCACAACCGCACAUCCCACAUCACAAUCCAGGCCCCGAGCGGUUCAUACAGAUGCUGCGAAAAACCGCGCCGCAUUUGUUUUCCAAUGGGGAGCUCAGGAUACUGGAUUUCGACAUAGCCCUGCACAAUUUUGACCAGGAGGUGAUAAAACCGCAGGCGAUCCGCGAGGCCUGCCGGGCACUGAGAAAAAAGUGCAUUGAAAAGCGCGUAUUUUUGGAAUCUACCUUUUUUUUGCUACCAGAUCCCUUGAAAGAUUUGCGGGUCAGGGUCUAUAUACCUACUAUUAGAUUCAGUGCUACUCUUCAACUCCAGUUCGAAAUAGUUCGCUUUGAAUGUUCAUUUUCCCAUCCUGAUUCAUUCCCACCAGGUUUCUGAGAAGACGGUGAAGGAGAUCCUGCGUAAGUCCGGGAGCACUCAUAUCCUGAGUAAAAAUGUCCCCGCACCAGAGUCAAGAUGGAAAAUUUGCUAGGCACAUCAGCCACCUUUGGUUGUUUCGCAUGACAAGUUUCGAUCCUGAUAGUGUAAUCCUGUUGAGCUAGUUCUGAAGCAUCACAGAUCUAGAGCAUCAUGCUGGUUCCAGCAUCACAAAUUCCAAAACACGACGAGAAAAUAGUUCUCAUGGGGCUCCGCAUGAGAAACUGUUUUGGCAUGCGGAUUGGCAUGACAACUGAACUCUGGGGUGGAGACGUAUUUACUCAGAAUAACUCAGAUCGGCAGUUUUUUCCUUCGCGUGGACCUGGAGCCCAUCUACAUUGACACGCUGCUCCACACGCUUCGUGCCUACGGCGGGACAAGCACGGAAAACAACAUGGGCUCCUGUCGACUGGCGCUGUUUUUAGACCCCUGGCAGACGUCAACCGUCGCGGAUGACAUUCAGCUCUGUGAUUUCUUCUUUACCAAUCAAAAACGCAGCAUCAACAGCGUUGGACAGAAGGAGUUCGAGGCAAAGGUCGACAAGGUGUCCGAGUACAAGCAGUACGAGCUGGAGCAUUUGUUUCUGCUGUUUUCCGACUCCCAGGAGCGAAUUGAGUUGCGCAUGCCCAUAAAGAACGUGAAAAACAAUCCGCUUUUGCUCUCCCAACUGACGCACCAAAAACUCGUGGCUACGGGGGGAAAGUGACUGAGCACAUACAUAUGAUAAAUUUUCUGAGCUGCAGCAUGUUGGCGUCGGUCGUGCCCGGUCUGCCUCACAGGGUUGAUGUUGCGCGGGGAACUACGCCAGACCUUGCGCAAAGAAAGACGUACUGCCCUCUUUGGGAACAACCCGAAGAAAGCAAAGACCUCGGAGGAUCAUGAUGAAGUUCACUAGAAUUAUCGGGCGCAUGAUUUAUUUCAAGCGGAUGCAGAACUCGUCGUGUUCUUCGGUCGGGACUCUAGAAGACUGCAGCGCUUGGUGCAGGAAUCGAUGGUCGUGUUUGUGAUUUGGUGUGUGG